CGUCUUCUCGUUUUCUCGUUUUCUCUCUCCCUUGACAACACUCUCUCUGCAUUCUCUCUUUCCUUCUCCCCAAACCCUAGGAGCUUCUAAUCCAAGCUACACUUCGAGAUUUGCAUGCUUGCAGGUUGAAGGUGCAGUUGCGCUUAUUCAGAACUCAAUCGUGCUCGGCGGCGUUGAUUCUCAAUAUUCGAUGGUUCCGAAGACGGAAAAGAGCUCUGAUUUCGAAAUGCCGGCGAGGAACAGUGACAAAACGGGAGAGAAGAAGAACGUGGCGAAGGACAUGUCGGUGCAGCGCAGAGCCAGUGCGAGAAUCCAAGCGGCGAAGCAGAAGGCCGAGGAGGAGCUUCAUGCUCGCCGUGGAGCGGUGGUAGUAGAAGAAGAGAAAGAAAAAGAGGAGAAACGUGUGAAAGUGGCGAAGAAGUGGAGCAAGAAGCGCGUGAGGAAUGGGGAGUACUUGGGAGAGGGAGAGGUUGUUGUUGGCGUUGCUUCCCCAAAAAAGGGGAACAAUGGCAGCGGAAACGAGGAGGGUGUUGGCGAGGGAGAGGGAGGUGUUGCUUCUUCCUUGGCGAAGAAGCCGAAGAGGCGCCCGUUUAUGCAGGAUCAAAAUGGAGUAGGGGAUUCUGAGAAUGCUGUGGCUAAUUCUGCUGAAAAUAAAGGAGCUGCCUUAAGGGUGAAGGAGACUAUUAGGGUCUACAACAAGCAUUACCUUCAUUUUGUUCAGGAGGAAGAGAAGAGGUGUGGGAAAGCGAAGGCUGAAUCUGAAGCUGCUAAGAAGUCAAAGUCUUCAAAAUCGAAGAAAGGGGGACCACUUGAAGUUAAGAAAACUCAUCAACGACCUGAUCUAAAGGCACUAUCCAUGAUGAUGACGAAUAAUGAGAUUUUGUACCCCGAGAAAAGAAUUGGUGACCUUCCAGGUAUUGAAGCUGGACAUCAGUUCUUUUCUCGAGGUGAAAUGGUUGCUGUUGGUUUUCAUAGUCAUUGGUUAAAUGGGAUUGAUUAUAUGGGCAAAUCCUAUGGCAAAGUGAACAGCAUUUAUGAAUACCCUAUUGCCGUGGCCAUUGUUUUGUCGGGCCAGUAUGAAGAUGAUGUUGAUAAUGCUGAUGAUGUUGUGUAUACUGGUCAAGGUGGGCAUAACUUGACAGGUGAUAAGCGCCAAAUCAACGACCAAAAGUUGGAGCGGGGUAACUUAGCACUCAAGAAUUGCAUAGAGCAAGAUGUGCCUGUUAGAGUGAUCCGUGGUCAUAAAUCUUCAAACGGUAAAUCUUCAAACGGUAAAUCUUCAAAUGGUGCUACUAAAAUCUAUACAUAUGAUGGCUUGUACAAGGUGAUCAAGUAUUGGGCAGAGAAGGGAAUAUCUGGAUUUACAGUCUACAAAUUUCAACUUAAGAGAAUUGAAGGGCAGCCAUUAAUGACCACAAAUCAGGUUUAUUUCACUCGUGGACGUGUACCACAGUCUACUGCAGAAAUACGAGGGUUGGUAUGUGAGGAUAUAACUGGAGGUCAAGAAAAUAUUCCAAUUCCUGCUACAAAUUUGGUUGAUGAUCCCCCUGUUGCACCAACGGGUUUUACGUAUUGCAACUCUGUUAAGGUUGCAAAAAAUGUGAAGUUUCCCAAGGCUGCCACUGGAUGCAAGUGCAAGGGUGUCUGCAUUGAUUCUACGACAUGUGAAUGUGCAUUGCGAAAUGGCUCUGAAUUUCCCUACGUAGCUCAAAAUGGUGGCAGGUUAGUUGAAGCUAAAGAUGUUGUCUUUGAAUGUGGUCCCAACUGUGGCUGUGAUGAGACUUGUGUGAACCGGACUUCGCAGAAAGGGAUUCGAUAUCGUCUGGAGGUUUUCCGUACUGCAAAGAAAGGGUGGGCUGUUAGAUCAUGGGAUUUUAUACCAGCUGGUGCACCAGUUUGUGAGUACACAGGAAUACUUGCUAGGACUGAAGAUAUGGACAGUGUAUUAGAGAAUAAUUAUAUUUUUGAGAUAGAUUGCUUACAGACAAUCAAGGGUCUUGGUGGAAGAGAGAGGCGAUCGCAAAGUGGUACAUUUCCAUCAAAUCUUUUGGAUAAAUAUGAUGACCAUGGUUCAGAUGGUGCACCAGAAUACUGUAUCGAUGCUGGACCUACUGGAAAUAUUGCUAGGUUUAUAAACCACUGUUGUGAGCCUAAUUUGUUUGUUCAAUGUGUCUUGAGCACCCACCAUAACUUGAAAUUUGCACGGGUAGUGCUGUUUGCUGCUGACAACAUACCCCCACUGCAGGAGCUGACGUAUGACUAUGGUUAUGAGCUUGAUAGUGUAUUGGGUCCCGAUGGAAAGGUCAAACAAGUGACAUGCUAUUGUGGAGCUCCAGGUUGCAGGAAGCGAUUAUUCUAAAGAUAGUAUGGUUAUGCUCCAUUGUGCUAAAAUGUUGUAUGUUGGUAUAUUUUGAAAAACUAGUGUGGAUGCCAUAUAUGUUUGUGUAACUGGCUCCCAAAACCUGGGCUGCCAGAUCUCAGUAGGAAAAAUCGGAUUCAAAUUGUAGCAGAAUUACAACGGCAAUGUAAAUUUUUUUAUGUAAAUCCCAGGCCCAGUAAAUGACAUUGAGGCUC